AUGAAGGGUAUGAAGACUUUCAAUUACACCAAGCCAUAUUUCGGUCUCCGGGGAGGGUGGUUGACAUUUUGGAUUACGGUGGCCUGCGGUGCUGAUAUGACUCUUUAUGGUUAUGACCAAGGCGUAUUUAGCGGAGUCGUCAUUUCCUCGGACUUCCUCCAUAUCCACAAUCUAGAAGGCCCAUCAAAAACAACUUUGCUCGGAACAGUCACGGCAAUUUACAAUGUUGGCUGCUUUUUGGGUUCAAUCCUUGCAUAUUGGCUUGGAGAGAAGCUGGGCCGCAAAAAUACCAUUUUAGUUGGUACUACCAUCAUGGCAAUAGGAGCUGUAUUGCAGACUGCUUCAUAUAGUCUUGGUCAAAUGAUGGCCGGUCGCAUUAUAGCUGGACUUGGCAAUGGUCUUAAUACCUCGACCGCUCCCAUAUGGCAAACAGAAACAUCUAAGGUCCAAUGGCGAGGAAAACUAGUCGUCGUUGAGAUGAUAUUGAACAUUGCUGGCUUUUCACUCUCUAAUUGGGUGAAUUAUGGCUUUUCAUUUGCAAAAGGGCCAAUUUCUUGGAGAUUCCCGCUCGCAUUCCAAUUUGUAUUCAUCAUCAUUCUGUUUCUUACAACACCAUGGCUACCGGAGUCCCCAAGAUGGCUGAUGGCGCAUGGCAACGAAAAUGAAGCUCUCCAAAUUCUCGCACAUCUUGAAGAUCAAGACAUCAAUGAUUCCUUUCACCGUGAAAUCAAAUACAGCGUCGAUUAUGAGCGUACUAACAGCGUGAGCUGGGGAGACAUUCUUCGAGGUCGAGCUGAUGAGAAAUCCGGGACUAGUACAGUCCGUCGUCUAAUUCUUGGGAUGGGAGCACAGUCUUUCCAGCAAUUUUCUGGAAUCAAUGUCACUUCUUACUAUCUGCCCACUGUUCUGACCACUUCCGUUGGGAUGAGCUCAGACUUGGCAAGGCUUCUAACUGCUUGCAACAGCGUUCAAUAUCUCUGCUUCUCUCUCAUCGGCAUUCCAAAUGUAGAAAGAUGGGGCCGCCGGAAGUUGUUGAUAUUUGGAGCUUGUGGGCAGUGCUUCUGUUACAUUUUUAUCACUGCUCUCAUUCGAUACAAUGAGAUGGAGGGGUACUCACAUCGGUACGAGGUGGCCUCUGCUUCAGUGGCUUUCUUCUUUCUAUACUACAUCUUCUUUGGUAUCGGCAUGCAAGGCGUUCCUUGGUUAUACCCGACUGAAAUCAACUCCCUGACUAUGCGAACUAAAGGCGCUGCACUUGGAUCUGCCACAAAUUGGAUCUUCAACUUCAUGGUUGUCGAAGUCACUCCGAUCGGGAUCCAAAAUUUGGGAUGGCGUUUCUAUGUUAUAUGGAUCGUUCUCAAUGCUGUCAUGGUCCCCAUAAUCUAUCUUUUCUAUCCUGAGACGGCAGGCCGUUCUUUGGAAGAUAUGGACGAUUACUAUCGAGUCAAGCCUCCUCUGUUAGUUUUCCGAGACAAAGAGGCUAUUUCUUCUAAGCGACCGGAGAGAUAUCGAGUUCGAGAUGAGCAAUUGAUCUGGGGUAAAGAAGGUAUCGAAGUUGACGACCUUACCCAACAUAUUGAAAAUGGGGAUAAUCCAUGA